AUGGCGUCAUCCACUAAAACACACUAUUUUGAAACGUUUUCGCUUGAAAUUAGAGCAGUAGAAGCUUUGAAAAAAAUGUUGGAAAAAGGUGAAAUGCUCUAUUAUCGUUAUGUUGUUAUACCCGAUAAUACAAAGAUAUACGAUAUAAGAGAUGGCACGACUAUGAGACGCAGGAGUUUUCAUAAACUUUGCGGUGUUAUUCAAUUUCAAGAGCGUUUUAGCCCUUCGGCGGUACGUGAGAUGUUCUCGAAACAACGCAUUUAUUUAUCGGCGCUGGCUACAGCGAAAAGACCCAUCGUGUUGAUAUUGAUGCGUCUGUGGAUUAUGUGCGAAUGUUCGGGUUUACAUUACGCAGAAACAGCCUGUUCAAAUACCCCGAUAGGGUUUGGCGGGAAAAAAACGGUAAAUGAAGCACAAUUUAUGAAACCAUAUAUUAAAGCAUUACAACAUUAUAAGGAAUGUGAUAGAGAUGAUUUUUGUUAUCGUGAUUUACGAGGCGCUCGUCAAAUAUGUAAAUUUAAAAUUAUGUUAGAAAAGAAACUGGGAAAAUGA